AUGGUGCAGGUGGAUGAGAGUCGUUCGGGCUACGCUGGCUCGCAGGUGGACCUGGGCUGCCAGUUCAUCAACAGUGACCCGCCUGUCAAGAUCUCACAGGUCACCUGGCAGAAGUUCGUCAACGGCUCCAAGCAGAACGUGGCCAUCGCCAACCCGGCACUGGGCGUCUCGGUGCUGCCUCCGUUUAAAGAGCGCGUGCGCUUCAAGAACCCGAUGGUGCGGCGGCCCACACCUUCCCUGGAGGACACCACCAUCACGUUCUUCGCCCUCAGGCUGUCGGACGAGGCCGCCUACAUCUGCGAGUACACCACCUUCCCAGCGGGGAACCGCGAGAACACCGUCAACCUCACCGUAUAUGCCCGCCCCAUGAUUCAGAUGAGCCUAUCGACUCCGGCCAUCGUGGCGGUGCAGACCAAUCAGAAGAUGACGGUGGCCACGUGCGUGUCGGCCAACGGGAAGCCCCCCGGCGUGAUCUCCUGGGACACGGGCCUGGACGGCGAGGAGAACAGCCAGGAGAUCCGCAACCCGGACGGCACCUUCACUGUGCGCAGCGACUACAUCAUGGUGCCCACCAAGCAGAUGCACCAGAGGAAGCUGACCUGCGUCACCACCUACCACAACGAGAAGUACAGCGACAGCGUCACGCUCAACAUACAGUAUGAGCCAGAUGUGACUAUUGAAGGAUAUGAUGGGAACUGGUACCUAAACAGGGACAGUGUGCAGCUCGUGUGCCAAGCUGAUGCCAACCCACCUGUCUCCUUGUACCAGUGGAGAUUCUUGAACGGCUCUAUUCCCGACAACGUGGAGGUGCGCGACAACCUCCUGCUCUUCAAAGGGGCCGUGACCUACGACCUGGCCGGCACGUACCUGUGCGACGCCACCAACAGCAUCGGCACGCGCUCGGCUGCCGUGGAGGUCAACGUGACGGAGUUCCCCUCGUUCCCCCACGAGAUCUCGCAGGGCCAUCAGGGCCUGGGCGCCGCCAUCGGGAUGGUGGCCCUGGGCAGUUCCCUGCUGGUGGUGGCCGUCACCCUGCUGGGCGUGCUCUUCCACCGCCGCCAGCGCACCUUCAAGGGCGACUACAGCACCAAGAAGCACGUGCUGGGCAGCAGCAGCUACCGCAAGGGGGGCAGCCUCCCGCCGUACCCGGCCCUGCCCCAGGUGCUCAUCUGCCCCGAGGAGGACGAUGACGUCAAGAAGGCCCAGAUGUACGGCCGGCCCAUUAGCUUGACCGAGGACAUCCACGAGCUGCAGGACAGCAGGGGCGGCUCGGAGCAGAUGAACAGGUCCUUCAGCGUGGAGAGCGAGGUGGAAGGCUGCGGCUACGGCGAGCAGUGUUUCGCGUUUUACGACGAGAACGAACUGGAGAUGUCGGUGGACAUGGUGCCGCAGAUGGACGGCUCGGUGAUCUCGAAAGAGGAGUGGUAUGUCUGAGAGCAGCCAGGCCAGGGAAGCUAUGUACAGUACAGUUAGAGUUACAGUAGUCCCCGAGGCUAAAUAAUCUCAUCAAGUCACGGCCAACGCCUCACUUUCAGCCAC